AUGUCGAAGAGCGACCUCCACAUCCAGCCUCGCAUGGUCAAGAAGGGCCCCUUCUCCGUCGAGGCCCCGGGCUACGAGCCCGUCGCCGGAGAGACCAUUCCUCGCCGACACCCGGCGGCGAAGGACGGCCUCAUUCUACGCCCUGCAGAGGACGUUGCGACCACCUAUGACAACUUCCGCCGCUCCGCUCGGGUGUUCGGCAACAAUAAGGCAGUCGCCAGCCGCAAGUUGAUCAAGACCCAUGUCGAGAACAAGAAGGUCAAGAAGGUGAUUGACGGCGUGGAGCAGGAGGUCGACAAGCAGUGGUUCUACUUUGAGAAGAGCGGCUACACCUACAGGUCCUUCCUCGAAUAUGAGCAGCUCUGUCUCCAGCUCGGCGCGGGUCUGCGCAAGCUGGGUCUUGAGAAGGAUGGCCGAAUCCACCUCUACGGCGCGACGAGUGCACACUGGCUGGCCAUGUCACACGGCGCUGCCUCCCAAUCCAUCACCAUCGUCACUGCCUAUGAUACCCUGGGCGAGGAUGGCCUGAAGCACUCUCUGGUCCAAACCUCCAGCUCUGCCAUCUUCCUCGACCCCGGCCUGAUCAAGUCCCUGACCAACAUCCUGAAGGAUGUUCCGUCCAUCAAGCACAUUAUCUACAACACCGAUGACGACGUCAAGCAGGAUGACCUGGACCGUCUGAAGAACGACUUCAGCCACAUCACAGUGCUCAGCAUUGAGGAGCUGCGCAAGCAGGGCGAGGAGAACCCCGUCGACCCCGUGCCCCCAAAGCCCGAGGACCUUUGCUGCAUCAUGUACACUUCCGGCUCGACCGGCCCGCCCAAGGGUGUUUCUUUGACCCAGGCCAAUGUCAUUGCUGCGACUGCUGGUGUCAACGAGAUUGUCGGCCCCUAUAUCAGUACCAACGACUCCCUCCUUACCUACCUCCCUCAAGCACACAUUCUGGAAUUCAUGUUUGAGAACCUCUGCCUGUUCUGGGGUGGAUGCAUGGGUUAUGGCAAUCCCCGAACCCUGUCCGAUGCCUCAAUGCGUAACUCCAAGGGUGAUAUCCGCGAGUUCAAGCCCACUAUCCUUGUCGGUGUUCCUGCUGUGUGGGAGACCGUCAAGAAGGGUGUUCUGAACAACUUGAACAAGAACAGCUUCAUUAUCAAGGGAAUGUUCUGGGGUGCCAUGGCUGCCAAGAACUUCCUCCUGACCAACGGCUUCCCCCUCGCUGGUCUGGGUAGUUCGAUCCUGGACGCGGUUGUCUUCAAGAAGCUGAAGGAGGCCACCGGUGGUCACCUGCGCAUCAUGAUGAACGGUGGUGGUCCUAUCUCGAAGGACACCCAGCGAUUCCUGUCGAUGGCCAUCGCUCCCAUGAUCAGCGGCUACGGUCUCACUGAGACCUCGGCGAUGGGUGCUCUGAACGAUCCCAUGGCCUGGAACCCCAAUGCUCUGGGUGAGGUCCCCGCCUCGGUCGAGAUUAAGCUUGUGGACUUCCCCGAUGCUGGAUACCUGUCCAAGAACAACCCCCCGCAGGGUGAGAUUUUCAUCCGCGGUGGAAGUGUGACUUCAGGCUACUUCGACAAUGAGGAGGAGACCAAGGCUUCGCUGACCGAGGACGGUUGGUUCAUGACUGGUGAUAUCGGCGAGUUCGACCCCAACGGCCACCUGAAGAUCAUCGACCGCAAGAAGAACCUGGUCAAGACUCUUAACGGCGAGUACAUUGCCCUUGAGAAGCUCGAGUCCGUCUACCGGUCCUGCCCCGUUGUCCAAAACAUCUGCGUCUACGCCGCCGAGGACCAGGACAAGCCCGUUGCCAUCAUUGUGCCCGUUGAGGCGGCCCUGAAGAAGGUUGCCAACGAGAACGGCAUCGAUGGCGACACUCUCGAGUCGCUUGUGCACAACGAGAAGCUCCAGCGUCUGGUCCUUCAGCAGCUGCAGGGCUCCGGCCGCGCCGGCGGCCUGAAGGGCAUUGAGAUUAUCAACGGUGUUGUGCUGUCCGACGAGGAAUGGACUCCUCAAAACGGCUUCAUGACUGCGGCUCAGAAGCUCCAGCGGAAGAAGAUUGUCGCCAAGUACCAAGCUCAGGUCGACAAGGCUUACGGCAAGAAAUAA